AUGCACGUUGUCAACACGGCCCAUGGCAAUGCGACACCUCUGGCUUGCUGGGGAGCUCCCUGCCUGCUCGCCGACCUGGGCUGUGGCUCCGGCCUGAGCACCGCCGCCCUCCUGUCCCUGGGCGGCUCCAGGCACGCCGUGGUCGGGCUGGAUGCCGCGGGCGGCAUGCUGACGCUGGCGGCGCAGGACCCCGUCCUCCGGGGCUGUCUGGCCCGCUCCGACUUUGGCCAGGGCCUGCCCCUCCGCCGCGCCUCCCUCCAGGGAGCCAUUAGCGUCUCUGCCCUGCAGUGGCUGUUCGCCGCCCCAGACCCCGCCCGCGCCACCCGCCGCUUCUUCGCCGACCUGCACGCCGCCCUGGAGCCCGGCGCGCGCGCCGCUUUCCAGCUGUACCUCCCCGGCGACGUCGAGUCGCGGGCCCUCCUCCGGGCGGCUGCAUCGACCGGCCUGCGCGCCACCUACUUCGUGGACUUUCCCCACCCCACCCCCGCCAAGAAGUACUACCUGUGCGUGAGGCGUGAUGACCGCACGCGGCGCGAACCCUCACACGACCCCCCCCCCUGCUGUCCACUGGCCUGGCCCCACACCGCGGCCUGCACGCUGAGCUGGGCGGCGGGGCAGGGGCUCGGGAGCGACCUGGACCAGGCCCGCACCCGGCUGCGGGCAGAGCACGCGCGGCACGCCGCACACGCGCUGCGCAUGCUGCGGCGGGCCGCGCGCGCAUUCCUGGCGGCGCGCGGCGCCGAGGUGGCCGCCGCCGGCGCCACGCGCUCCGAACACCUGGCCCGCCCGGGGUCCGGGGCGAUGGUGCCCUGCGGCGCGCCGCUGCACGCCUGGUGCAGCGCCGUGCUCGGCCCCAAAACUGCCACCGCCCCAGUCGGCCCCUCAGAUGCUGAGGACUCGAUUGGGCCCGCGCCCGACUCGACGCGAGUCGGCCCCAUGGCGGACGCAAUCACGAUCGCGGAGCAGCUCGGCAUCCCGGGUGCCGAGGAGUGGGUGCUGGAGCCCGGCCCGGCGCCCCCGCCCGCCCCGCCCUACCUGGCGGCGCUGCAGCUCGCCCUGGAAGAACCCCAGACCGGGGUCCGUGCGCCGCAACCCGACCCCUGGCUCUGGCUGGAGCCCGUGCCGUGGGCCAAGGCCACGCCGGCGCCCCCCAGCCCGCCGGCGCAGACAGCCGUGCUGCAUGCGGCCAAGCAGGCCCCGCUGGUGGUGAGCCUGGCGACGGCGGGCGAGACGACGGGCAAGGCGGUGGGGCGGGCCUGCGCGGCGCUGGGGGCGGCGGUGGUGGGGCUGGAGGCGGAGGGGCCGCGGGAGGGGGCCAUUGCUGCGUGGCUGGUCCACGUGCCAGCGCCCUCGGGAGAGCAGGCGGCGCGUGCCUGGCAGCACGCCUGGCAGCACGCCUGGCUGGCCUGA